ACUACAAGCAACCGCAAACUACACUCCCACACUUCACGUAACCGCAAACUACACUCCGAGACUACAAGCAGCUGCAAACUACACUCCCAGAAUACAAGCAACCGCAAACUACACUCCCAGAAUACAAGCAGCUGCAAUCUACACUCGCAGACUACAAGCAGCCACAAACUACUGUCCCAGACUACAAGCAACCGCAAACUACACUCCCAGACAACAAGCAGCUGCAAACUACACCCCCAGACUACAAGCAGCCGCAAACUACACCUCCAGAAUACAAGCAGCGACAAACUACACUCCCAGGCUACAGGCAACCGCAAACUACACUCCAAGACUACAGGUAACCACAAACUACACUCCGAGACUACCAGCAGCUGCAAACUACACUCCCAGACUACAAGCAGGUGCAAACUACACUUCCAGACUACAAGCAACGCAAACUGCACUCCCAGACUACAAGCAACCACAAACUACACUCCGAGACUACAAGCAGCUGCAAACUACACUCCCAGACUACAAGCAACCGCAAACUACACUCCGAGACUACAAGCAGCUGCAAACUACUCUACCGGAUUACAAGCAACCGCAAACUACACUCCCAGACUACAAGCAACCGCACACUACACUCCCAGACUACAAGCAGCUGCAAACUACACUCCCAGACUACAAGCAGGUGCAAACUACUCUCCCAGACUACAAGCAACUGCAAACUACACUCCGAGACUACAAGCAGCUGCAAACUACACUCCCAGACUACAAGCAACCGCAAACUACACUCCCAGACUACAAGCAGGUGCAAACUACUCUCCCAGACUACAAGCAGCUACAAACUACACUCCCAGACUACAAGCAGCUGCAAACUACACUCCCAGACUACAAGCAGCUGCAAACUACACUCCCAGACUACAAGCAACCGCAAACUACACUCCCAGACUACAAGCAACCGCAAACUACACUCCGAGACUACAAGCAGCUGCAAACUACUCCCCCGGAUUACAAGCAACUGCAAACUACACUCUCAGACUACAAGCAACACAAACUACACUCCCAGACUACAAGCAACCGCAAACUACACUCCGAGACUACAAGCAGCUGCAAACUACUCCCCCGGAUUACAAGCAACCGCAAACUACACUCCCAGACUACAAGCAACCGCAAACUACACUCCGAGAUUACCAGCAGCUGCAAACUACUGUCCCGGAUUACAAGCAACCGCAAACUACACUCCCAGACUACAAGCAACCGCAAACUACACUCCCAGACUGCAAGCAACUGCAAACUACACUCCGAGACUACAAGCAGCUGUAAACUACACUCCCAGGCUACAAGCAACCGCAAACUACACUCCCAGACUUCACGUAACCACAAACUACACUCCCAGACUACAAGCAGCCGCAAACUAAAUGCCCAGACUACAACCAGCUGCAAACUACUCUCCCAGACUACAACCAGCAGCAACCUACACUCCCAGACUACAAACUAUAAGCAACCACAAACUACACUCCCAGACUACAAGCAACCGCAAACUACACUCCCAGAUUACAACCAGCAGCAAACUACACUCCCAGACUACAAGCAACCACAAACUACACUCCCAGACUACAAGCAACACCAAACGUCAAUCCCAGACUACAAACAGCUGCAAGCUACACUCCCAGAGUACAGUCAGCUGCAAACUACACUACAACCGGUUGCAAACUACACUCCCAGACAACAGGCAGCUGCACACUACUCUCCCAGACUACAAGCAACCACAAACUACACUCCCAGACUACAAGCAACACCAAAGGUCACUCCCAGACUACAAACAGCUGCAAGCUACACUCCCAGAGUACAGUCAGCUGCAAACUACACUACAACCGGCUGCAAACUACACUCCCAGACUACAAGCAGCUGCAAUCUACACUCUCAGACUACAAGCAGCCACAAACGACACUCCCAGACUACAACCAGCAGCAAACUACACUUCCAGACUAUAAGCAACCACAAACUACACUCCCAGACUACAAACUACAAGCAACCGCAAACAACACUCCGAGACUACAAGCAGCUUCACUACACUCACAGACUACAAGCAACCGCAAACUACACUCCGAGACUACAAGCAACCGCAAACUACACUCCGAGACUACAAGCAACCGCAAACUACACUCCCAGACUACAAGCAGCUGCAAACUACACUCCCAGAAUACAAGCAACCGCAAACUACACUCCGAGACUACAAGCAGCUGCAAACUACACUCCCAGAAUACAAGCAACCGCAAACUACACUCCGAGACUACAAGCAGCUGCAAACUACUCUCCCGGAUUACAAGCAACCGCAAACUACACUCCCAGACUUCACGUAACCACAAACUACACUCCGAGACUACAAGCAGCUGCAAACUACACUCCCAGAGUACAAGCAACCGCAAACUACACUCCCAGACUACAAGCAACCGCAAACUACACUCCCAGACUACAAGCAACCGCAAACAACACUCCGAGACUACAAGCAGCUUCACUACACUCACAGACUACAAGCAACCGCAAACUACACUCCCACACUACAAGCAACCGCAAACUACACUGCGAGACUACAAGCAGCCGCAGACUACACUCCCAGACUACAAGCAACCGCAAACUACACUCCGAGACUACAAGCAGAUGCAAACUACACUCCCAGACAACAGGCAACGCAAACUACACUCCCAGACUACAAGCAGCUGCAAACUACACUCCCAGACUACAAGCAACCGUAAACUACACUCCGAGACUACACGCAACCACAAACUACACUCCGAGACUACAAGCAGCUGCAAACUACACUCCCAGACUACAAGCAGCUGCAAACUACACUCCCAGACUACAAGCAACCGCAAACUACACUCCCAGACUACAAGCAACUGCAAACUACACUCCGAGACUACAAGCAGCCGCAAACUACACUAAGAGACUACAAGCAGCU